AUGAAAAACAAACCAGAAAUUGAAGUUAUGGUCGAAUCACAAAACCAAGAGAUGUUAAAAUUGAAAAUGAUGAUUGAUACUGGAGCAGAUGUAACCAUCAUAUCUGCUCCGCAUUGGCCUUCACAUUGGCCAACGGUUGAAUCAUUCACGGGAGUGUACGCCUUUUUGGGGGCGGCCAUUGAACAGCAGCCAGUCUUGAAGAUAAAAUGGAAAACGAAUAACCCAUUUUGGGUCGAUCAAUGGCCGCUCACUGCCGAACGGCUGCAAAAAAUCAGUGAGCUGGUAGAAGAACAGUUACAAGUAGGACAUAUUCAGCCAUCUACUAGCCCUUGGAACACACCAAUAUUUACUAUUCCGAAAAACAGUGGGAAAUGGCGUCUACUAUAUGACUUAAGAGCAGUUAACAAUGUCAUGGAAGACAUGGGGGCGCUACAGCCAGGUCUGCCAUCGCCGGUCAUGAUCCCAGAGAACUGGACAGUCCUAGUUAUAGAUCUGAAGGAUUGUUUCUUUACUAUUCCUUUGCACCCCGAUGAUGCUGAAAGGUUUGCUUUUUCUGUACCAUCAGUAAACAAGGAAGAACCUGCCCGUAGAUUUCAUUGGAUAGUCCUACCUCAGGGUAUGAAAAAUUCACCAACCAUGUGCCAAAUUUUUGUAGCAUGGGCUUUUCAGCCAAUUUGUAAAAAGAUGCCACAGUUGUUAAUAUAUCAUUAUAUGGAUGACAUCUUAAUUGCAGGACAAAACAUGGACAGAGAAUUUGUGCUCCAAGAAGUUGUAAGAGAGGUAGAGUCCAGAGGGUUAAAUAUAGCUCCGGAAAAAAUUCAGAAACAGGAGCCCUGGAAUUAUCUGGGGUGGGUAAUUUUACAAGGUUCAAUUAAACCCCCCAAAAUGCAGUUAAAUCCUGAAAUUAAGACAUUAAAUGAUGUGCAGAAAUUGGUGGGUGACAUUCAGUGGGUCAGAACGUUAUGUGACAUAACCAACGAUGAUUUAGCACCCUUGGUUGAGCUCCUUGGCACUACAUCGAGAGCCGAUGAUAAAAGAACCAUGGAGCCCUGA